UAAAGAUAUAUGUCUGUGCAUUUGCUCUGUGCCGUUCAGCGUUUGUAAUUCUAGAGGUCCAGCAUGUAAACUGUGCGACAUUGUGAGAGCAUAGCGACAGUUUUACAAUUUUAAAGUAAUUUGGGCAGCUUGGGCCCAGCGAGCUUGACUCUGGGGCCGACCUGCGUGUACGUGUGUGUGCAUAGGUAUACGUUGCAUGCGAUAGAGAGCUAUAAAUAAACAGAUUUAUCCAGGUACUGCCAGGCCAGGCCUCUGCCUCACAGCAUCAUGAGUGAGUUGAAGGACUGCCCCCCACUGAAAUACUAUGAUUUCAAGCCCGUCGAGCAUGUCAAGGUGUGUCCUCGCUACACUGCUGUGCUGGGCCGCUCAGAGGACGAUGGCAUCGGCAUCGAGGAGCUGGACACCCUGCAGCUGGAGCUGGAGACGCUACUGUCCGCGGCCAGCCGCCGCCUCAGAGCCCUGGAGGAGCAGAGACAGAUCCUUACAGACUGGCAAGACAAGAAGGGAGAUAAGCGUUUUCUGAAGCUGGGGAAAGACCCAGACCCCGCUGCCACAUCUCGCCAUAAACCAAAGAAGCAGAAGUUGGAUGGCAAAGGUGGUCAUGGGCCAGGUCCUGGUCCUGGCAGACCCAAAUCCAAAAACUUGCAGCCUAAAGUCCCAGAAUAUGAAUUUACAGAUGAUCCACAAGACAUUCCCCGCACUCCCAAAAAUGAUGCUCCCAACAGAUUCUGGGCCUCAGUCGAGCCCUACUGUGCCGAUAUCACAAAUGAAGAGAUAAGGUUGCUGGAAGAGCUUCUGAAACCCCCAGAGGAUGAAGCUGAGUAUUUCAAAGUCCCGGCACUAGGGAAACACUACUCUCAGCGGUGGGCUCAGGAGGAUCUGCUAGAGGAGCAGAGGGAAGGAGCACGAGCCAACGACAAGAAGAAGAGCCUCAUGGGAGGACCGCUGUCUGAGCUGGAUGCAAAAGAUGUGGACUCGCUGCUGAAAAAGUCAGAGUCCCAACAUGAGUCACCAGAGGACAGCUGUCCCUUCGGUCCUCUCACACAGCGUCUCCUCCAGGCCCUCAUAGAGGAGAACAUUAUAUCCCCCAUGGAGGAUUCUCCAAUACCAGACAUUUCAGGGAAAGAUGCUAACGACGUCGCUGGCACAUCUCCUCGAAGCCAAGGAAAAGCUUUUAGUGUUCCACAUACACGUUCCCUGGAGGCACGGAUCAAAGAGGAGCUGGUAGCCCAGGGGCUGCUGGACUCAGAGGAGAAACCCGGACCAGGAGGAGACUCCGAGGAUGAGGUCCUGGCAGAGCUUCAAAAGAGACAAGCAGAGCUCAAAGCCCUGAGUGCUCACAACAGAACCCGCAAACAGGAUCUGCUCCGGAUGGCAAAGGAGGAGAUGCGAAAGCAGGAGCUGAGGCAGAGAGUCAGGGUGUCUGAUAACGAGGUGAUGGAAGGAUUUCGGCGAAUUAUGGCGGCCAGACAGAAGAAACGCACUCCAACCAAGAAGGAGAAGGACCAGGCCUGGAAAGCACUCAAGGAGAGGGAAAGCAUCCUGAAAUUACUGGAUGGGUAGAGGAGGCAACAGCAGGUGUAUGGAUUUUAUCCAGAAGAACUGUUGGAGGAAGCCUCUUCCCCCACAGGUCGACACACACUAGAGCAGCUGUUUCUGGUUAGUGAUGAUGGCUAAUGCAGUUUAAUGCAGGUGUACGUGAUUUGAGAGGGGACUUGUUUUGUAGAUUUAUGUGGGGUAGAGCAGAAAGCUAACAUGAUCUGUAACAGUACACAUCAAUGACUGAGCUUUUGUUUAUAUAUA